ACAUUAAUACUUAUUGGGAAUAUAUACUUCGUAAAUAUUGCCAAAGUAUUAAUAACUCAAUUCAAAAUCAAUUACUCAAUACAUUAAUAUUACAAUAUUUAGUAAGACAAUUUUUACCACUAAUUGUAUGUAUAAGACUACAUCCAUGAUGUAUUCUAAUUUUUCACCAACGAUAAGUGUAUAGUUGUAAUAAAUGCCUUGCAACUUCUAUAUACAUUUUCGGAUUGGUUUCAAAUGUGACUAUUAUAAUCACAAUAGUCUCAUUACAGUUUUAAUGCACAUAAUAUAUUCAUAAAAUAAAUUUUCAAACACUUUUGAUACUUUCGUACAUGUAUGUAUAAAUGGUAUAUAUGACGUAUAUACAGGGUGUCGCAGUAGUCAUCGACAAAAUGGCGAUUCUAUGUGAAAAAAACAAGUCGAAAAUAUACAAUAAAAGUUUUCCAUAUGACAUUUCGUUUUCGAGAAAAGACAGUUUAAAAGUUUGCCAAUUAUACUUAAACUUGACCAAUACUGGACUGGACAAGAGCAUAUAAUUGACAGGAGGUUAUUUCACGUAUGAAAAUAAGUCGAAAAAAAAUUUUAGAAUAAAAUUUUUUCAUAGGACACUGCGUUUCCGGAAAAAUGAAAUUCGGAAAUUUCUAUGUACCAUAAUUAUCGUAACACCCUGUAUUUAUGACAUUUAUUUGUGUACAUUGUGCAUAUUAUAUUUGUCAAUCGGAUUCGUUUUCAUGCGUCCUACGUCCUACGUCAUUCGCGAUCAAUUCAAAUAAAGGAAUAAUGAAGCGAAUAAUGAAUUAUAAUAAAUUAUAUUGGAAAUAUUUCAUAAAUAAUGUCGAUAUGUCGAGAGCUAUUUUGUAACUGAUUAUGAUCCAACAAUCGAAGAUUCUUAUACCAAACAGUGCGUUAUCGACGAUAUACCUGCGAAACUCGAUAUUCCAUAAUGAAUCAUGGGUUUGUUAUUUAUUAGAUACAGCAGGUCAAGAAGAGUUUAGUGCAAUGCGAGAACAGUAUAUGAGAAGUGGCGAAGGGUUUCUACUUGUAUUUUCGAUAACUGAGCUUUCAUCUUUUGAUGAAAUAUUAAAAUUCCAUAGGCAGAUACUUAGAGUAAAGGAUAGAGAAGAAUUUCCUAUGCUUAUGGUUGGCAACAAAGCUGAUUUGGAUUACCAUAGAGUUGUUCAAGUUGAAGAGGCACAAAAUAGAGCUCGUCGAUUGAAAAUUCCAUAUAUUGAAUGUAGUGCAAAAUUAAGAAUGAAUGUUGACCAAGCCUUUCACGAAUUAGUAAGAAUUGUCAGAAAGUUUCAGUUAUCUGAAAGACCACCGCUUGAAUUAAACUAUAAAAAAAACAAAAAAAAAUGUUGUAUGUUGUAAUGCCUAAUGUGUUCUUAAUCAACUUACUUUUGUACUAAUAAAAUGGUACAAAGGGGUUGAAUCAAAAUCGAAAUUGUGGAAUCAAUCAAAUCAUAAGAAUUAUUAUCUAUAAUUAAGUUGAAAUAGGAAUUUGAAAUCUGAAACAAGGGAUUGUUGAAGUGCUUUUCAAAAUAACACUUAGAUUACUUUAACUCGAAAUUUAUGCACUCAACUUGAAUCAAAGAGUGCUUUAAGCAAAUAUAAUAUUUUUGAGUAUGCUACAAAUACUUUGUACUCACUUCUAAAACGAAUUAAUACAAUGGUAUUUAUGAAAUGUGUAGUGUAAUAACAAAGUUCACAAAUCGUGUAAUUUUAAUUGUAUAAGAAAUAAAAAUAACUUGACGUA